UAGCAACCACCUUUCCAGCAGUGUUACUCAUCCUGCCUCUUUCUCUCUCUCUCUCUCUCUCUCUCUCUCUCUCUCUCUGAUGGGGAGCAUGAUGUUGUCUUCAGUUGCUGUGGUUUCCUGUUUGUAGGUGGGAGAAACAGGUUCGGUAAAUUUCUCACUACAUUGCAAAUUAGCCGAGCAAAUGCAACAUGAAAACAGUUCUCGACUACUCUGAGCUGUAGUGGUAUGGUGAUGAUUUAUGCAACUGCUUUAAUGCAAGUGUGAGGUGUGUGUGCAUUGAAGCUAAAUGUCAUGAGUUUGGCAGCUGAGACGGGAAACUCUGAAAAGAGGCAUAAUCUGAUAUUUCUGUUCAUUUUUGUUCAUUUUUCUUAAAUCAACCAACCCUGUGAUAGGUGGCUAUUACUGAGUUGUUUAAUAAAACAGCACUCCAUUUCAUAGUAAAAUUUAAUAAAUUCUCACUUUUCUUCAGAAAAGAGAAAUGGUUACAUGGAGGUUAUGAUCUCUGCAUGAUCGUUAGUACACAGUAUGAUUCUGUGUAAUAAGCGGUGGUUAUCUGAUAAUAAAAGGAAAAUGUAGGUUACCUUGUGGUGCUUAAGUAACGAAAGGUAUUCAAUUCAGUGUUUGUUUUAAAGUAUAUAACAAAUGACAUCUCUGAAGUUUGUUAAUUUUGCUUGUGUGUAUUGUGUACUGUAAACUUAAGUGUCUACAUCAAGUGUGGAAAAUAAUGAGACUAAAUACAAAGCACAAGCAAAAACAAACAAACAAAAAAAAAGUUCAUAGGGAGAAGGGCAGAGCUGAAGCCAGGCAGAUGAAUGAGCAAGAAACAACUCAGAGAGAUUAGCUUAGAAACUGGAGGUGGAGGCUGCGACGACAUUGAGAAAGAGCCUAUGAGGAGCGAGAGGCUGAGCGAGAGAGAGCGGGCACAGGAAAGAUAAAGAAAGAAAAAGUUUAGGGAUGGCCUAUUUCUCUACAACACUCAUCUAUGACUGUGUAAAUAGACUAUGAACUGUUUGGACUGAUGAGAGAAAAGUGUUGAAAGUCAGACAAGAGCAACAAGAGGCUUAGGUGUAGAUGAAAAGUGGGAGAACCAAGAUGGUGAAACUCAGAGUGUGAACUGGUGGUGAAUUUGCUCUGGUGUGUGACGCGUGACAACUGGCCUCUGGUUCGGCUCAGCACCCUGACAGGCAGAUCCUACCCCGUGCUGCGACGGUGCCGGUAUGGAUUCCACUGCACUUUUGACUGUGGUAGGUGUGGCAGUUGUUGUGCUGUUCAUCAUCCUGACUGGUCUUUGCUUGAACUGCAAAGGAAACAGCCAACCAAUAUAUAUAAGACAACAACAUGAUCCACACAACAGUUAUGCACCGAGCCAAGGUUUUACAGUUGUCCGCCCCUACGGAGAGACUCCUCCUUGCCCUGGCAUAUCAGUUCAUCCUUCUCAACACCAGCACAUGACUUCUCCAUUGCUGACUGAUGUGAGGCGGAGCUCUGCUUGUCCCUCCUCUGAUGGUGGAAGCCAGAGUGAUUACAUCAACCAAAAUGUAGUGGACAAUGAUGCAGUAAGCUAUGAGCAGCCUCCUGAAAAGACUACAGACUAUCCGGACUAUCUGGACGUGUUACCAGAUGACCAAAAUGUGUCCCAGCAGAAUCUCGCCUCUUCGUUGAAUUCAGGGCAGAGUUACCAGAACAUUGAAAAUGAUGACAACGAUGAUGAUUCAGACAGUCAGCAUUAUAUAAAUGUCAACGAGGACAGAGUACCUGCAACUGAAACUCCUGUUGGCUCACUUGGGAGCUGCAGCAGUGACGACCAGGGCAGCUCUGACUACGUAAACGCUCCUAACCACGUUAACUUCCACCUGGGCUGAUUAAAAAUACCAAGACUUGAAUCACCAUCAGAUUAUACAGAAGCUUCACAUUGUGUCUAUACCACAUAUUUAAAUGUGGACAAAAAUGUUACAGAUGGACAGAAUAACCUUAAGAAAUUUAUUCUGUAAGAAAAUAAGAACCAUUUAAUUAUAUUUCACCAUACUUUUUCCUAUGUCCUGUUGACAGGAUUUGCUGACAAUUCCUGAGAAUAUUAUCUUUUACUCACAUAUUUUCUGACUUAAAACAUGAGGGUUUUUUUUAUUUUACAUUUUUAUUAUAAUUGCGAUGAAAUCAGUUGUUCUUUGGCUAUUGUAUGUAAAAUAAUGUAAUGCUCUGUAACUUUGUUGCCUGAUAACUGAAAUAAAUUAUGCACCACCAAA